AUGGACAGCUACAUUUUAGCAUUAACUCAUUCAGGAUAUUUGUAUAUUAAUGAAGGAGGUACAACAUUUACAGAUAUGGGGUUGAAUGUUGACUAUUUCAGUAAUCCAAGUAAUUUAAUUGUAAAUAUUUUUGCAACCUCCUACUCAUUCUUUAUACGGACGAGGUCUGGUGAGGUUUAUUAUGUAGAGCAAGGACUCUCAAAAAUGGUAAAAUCGAGUUUAUUAUCAUUUAAAAGUUUUAAUCCAAGUGCUGGGAGAUAUCAUUUGGCUUCUAUAUCGACGAAUACUCAUGAUUAUGGAUUAUUUGAGGUUAUUGGGUAUAAUAAGUUAGGAAAUUUGGGAAUUAAAACCAGCACAGAAACUGUUAAGGAAACAAUAUCAGUACCCAAAGUAUCUAAAUGGAUCCAAUGCAAGGAUAUGAGAACAUUCGAUUAUAGGAUUGCCGCUAACUUUUUCAAUACCAUAGUUUAUCGAGUCAAAAAACCUGAAUUAGUUUCAGUCGAGAGAUUUAAAAGGUUACUCUUCUCCUCUCUCAUUAAUGAUCAAUAUGUGAAAGAAACUCAAAAUAUUCAUAAUCCAUUCUUGGAAAUGUUUAAUGAAUAUUCAAAAAGAAUUAUUUCAACAAGAAACUUUCACGAUAUUUCAAUUCUUACCACAGAUGGAUUUUUAACUACUAGUACCUUCCACAAUAGUGAAUACAAACUUGUACAGCCAACCAAUAAUGCAAAUUUUCAGCUUGCCUAA